AUGCCCGUUGUUUCCAAGGACCCGACCUACGUUUCAGACAGAGGGUCUAAGAGGAAGCAACCCGAGGAAUUCCCCUCAGCUUUCUACCGAGAACCAUCCCCGGACUACUACCACAAGGGCCCGGACUGUUAUAAUAAGAAAGAGCAACCGCAGGCCUCUAUGGCAAAGAGCUCCCCGCCUAGGGAUUCGGUGCUAGAAGAGAAACUACCCAAGGGAUACAAUCCCCCAGCCAUAAGAGAAUAUGAUGGCAGUAAGGAUCCGGAAGACCAUCUCCAUAAGUUCUGGAACGCGGCGUUGUUACAUCAGUACAAUGACGCUAUUAAGUGUCGAGUGUUUCUGAAUACUCUUUCUGGCUCGGCACAGAAAUGGUUUGAUGGAUUACCGAAUGGGUCCAUCACUUGUUUCCAUGAUUUUAAAACUAUCUUCCUACGUCACUUCGCUAACAGCAGGAAGUACAAGAAAAUAGACCAUUGUCUCUUCGCUUUUAAGCAGGGGUCUGUCGAGCCUUUGCGAAGUUAUAUCAAGCGCUUCAACCAGGUGGCUCAGGACGUUCCAUUGGCCACCUCUGAAAUACUGAUGAGCGCCUUCUCUCAUGGGCUAGUAGAGGGGGAGUUCUUCCGAGAUCUCAUUCGGGAUCCCAUGAAGAACUUCGACGAGAUGCUUAGGAAGGUCGCUAGCUAUAUCAACGUGGAAGAGGCUCAGGUCGCUCAGCGCAAAGCAGACAAAGCGCCUACUCCUGCCAACAAGCUAGAGAAAAGGUCGCCUCAACCCCUAGCUCAACCUCUUCCGCGUGCCCGAGACGCCCGACCACCCUUCGGCCCCGGUUAG